AUAACCACGACUACAUAUAUAAAGUGAAAGUAGAAAUGGUCGAUACCGGAUCAUUUUUUAAUAUAUCAAGACAAAACCCACCCAAAGGUAAUAUAUUUGCACAUAUAGCCGGCAUAGACAGGUUUGGAUUUCAAUAGUCCGAGAAUUCCGGAUCUCAUUAUCUUCAAGGUUGCGACAUAGACUUUGUUAUUAAAUAAACUAAAUGAUAUCUUUAAUAUGGUAUAAUCACAAUGUGCAUUAUCACCAAUACACAAACACACGGCAGUUUGGUCUAGGCCUAUAUUACAGUCAGACAUAGGCCUAUACUAUACACACAUCUUCCAGCAUAAUGGAGAAAAAAAUUGUCAAUCCAAGUGUUGUAAAGGAUAUGGAGAUUAUUUAUAUACCAGUUAAGAAACAAAAACAACAAAAUUUCCACUGCAUCGAAGUUUUUUUGCUACUCAUGGUUUUUGUGACUUGUUUGUCGAUAUUAAAUCCGAAUUUUAUUGAUAAAAUAUUUAGUUAUUGUUCAAUGAAAACUAAAAACAAAGUUGAUCUAUCAGCAGCAGACACCUGCACCAUUGAUAGAUCCAGUAGAUUUGAUUGUUAUCCAGAGAAGAGUCUUCCAACUCAAUCAGAAUGUGAUUCAAGAAAAUGUUGUUAUGAUGCACAAGAUACUGGUGGAGAUCCAGUCUGUUUUUAUCCAACAAAUUAUGAAGGAUAUCUUGUAACUAGUAAGAUAGAAACAUCAACAGGUAUUAAUAUUAUGUUAAAUAGAACAACCCAGUCUUUCCAACCUAAAGACGUAAAUCAGUUAAUAAUGGAAAUAACGUAUGAAACACCAACUAGACUCAGAAUUAGGGUAACGAACAGUGAUCCUAAUGUUAAGAGGUGGGAAGUGCCCUUAAAUAUAAAUAGUGAUAAAACUGGACCAGGACAAAGACCACUUUAUAAAGUUAAUGUAUCAGAUGUUGGUUCUCUGUUUUCGUUUACUGUUAAUAGAACAGCUACAGAUUCUUCAAAUACUGUUAACUUAUUAAAAACUGGUGGAGCGUUUAUUUUUGCUGAUCAGUUUCUACAGUUGUCCUAUUUUCUACCAUCAAAUUAUAUUUAUGGUUUAGGAGAACAUCGAGAUACAUUAUUACACAGUAUGAACUGGACCAGAUUUACUAUGUGGAAUAGAGAUCAUUAUCCAAGUGAAAAUACCAAUAUAUAUGGUGACCAUCCAUUUUAUUUGUCAAUUGAAAAUGGUGGAAACUGUCAUGGUGUUUUCUUACUGAACAGUAAUGCUAUGGAAGUUCUAUUACAACCAGCACCUGCUAUAACAUGGAGAACUAUUGGUGGUGUCAUAGAUUUAUACAUGUUCCUUGGUCCAAGUCCUAAUGAUGUCAUAGAGCAAUAUACAGAGGUCAUAGGUCGUACUUUCAUGCCACCAUAUUGGAGUCUAGGAUUCCAUGUAUGUAGGUGGGGCUAUUUAACAGCCAAUGGAACACUUAAAGUUGUUGAUAGAAUCAGAGAUUAUGGAAUUCCGCAGGAUACUCAGUGGAAUGAUAUAGAAUACUCUGAAGGAAUGAGAGAUUAUACGACUGGUUUUUCUACAUUUGGGAAUCAAACAAGUUUAGUAGAAGAACUACACAGCAGAGGAAUGCAUUAUAUGAUGAUUGUGGAUCCAGGUAUAAGUAAUACAGCUGGACCAGGUAAAUAUUACUCCUAUGAUCUUGGUGUCAAGUUGGAUGUAUUUAUCAAGAAUGUUUCCAGCUUGCCACUUGUAGGAGUUGUUUGGCCAGGACCUGUAGUUUUUACUGAUUUUACACAUCCUAAAAGUCAAGAAUACUGGACAGCCAUAGCUGCCGAUUUUCAUAAAUCUGUUCCGUUUGAUGGCAUGUGGAUUGAUAUGAAUGAAAUUUCAAAUUUUGUGAAUGGUUCAAUGACAGGCUGUCCAUAUGAUUCACCUUUAGAGAAACCUCCAUAUAUACCAAAUGUAGCUGGUAGGUAUUUAAGUUAUAAUACAAUUUGUGUAUCAGCUCAACAGUAUAUAUCAACACAGUAUAAUCUACAUACGUUAUAUGGUCUAAUGGAAACAAAAGCUUCUAAACAAGCUUUAGAAUCAAUUCGUGGAAAACGGUCCUUUGUAAUCUCAAGGUCAUCAUUUCCAGGUCAAGGUCAUUAUGGCGGUCACUGGACAGGGGAUAAUGGAGCGGGUUAUUAUGAUAUGUAUAAAUCUAUAUCUGAGAUACUGAGUAUGAAUAUGUUUGGUAUAACAAUGGUUGGAGCUGAUAUCUGUGGUUUCCGUGGGAACACUAAUGAACAACUGUGUCAGCGAUGGCAUCAACUUGGUGCUUUUUACACUUUCUCCAGGAAUCAUAAUGACAGACAUAAUAGACCCCAGGAUCCGGGUGCAUUUGGUCCUGCCUUGGCAGAAUCCACCAGAAAAGUAUAUUUAAUACGAUAUUCACUUCUACCCUAUCUUUAUACGUUAAUAUAUAACAGUUACAUGAUGGGUGAUACAGUUUUAAGACCUUUAUUCUUUGAAUAUCCUACAGUUGUUGACACAUACAGUAUUGAUAGACAGUUUCUUUGGGGACCAGCUUUACUGAUUUCACCUGCUUUAGACCAGGAUCAAUAUACAGUAGAAGCUUAUAUACCUGUUGGUUAUUGGUAUGAUUUUUAUACUGGAGAAAGAAUUAUAGGUACAGGUGAUAAAAUCAAUCUAACUACACCAUUAGAUAAAAUAAACCUACAUAUACGUGGUGGCUAUAUUUUACCAACCCAACAACCAGCUCUAACUACAACAGACAGUCGUAAGAAUAAAUUUGGUUUGCUUGUUGCUCUGAAUUCUACAAAUCUAGCAGAAGGUGAUUUAUUCUGGGAUGAUGGUGAUACCCUAGGUACAUAUUACCAGAAACUAUUCAACAGUUUCAUAUUUUCAGCUGAUAAGAAUGGUGUAUACAUCAAUCCUUUAUUUAAAGGAUAUGAAGAUGAACCAAUGUUAUUAGGAAAUGUGACAGUAUUUGGUUUACAGCAACAACCUACUAGAGUAACUCUUAAUGGAGUUUCAACAAAUUACAAUUAUAAUGCAGAAUAUAAGGUUCUUUAUAUGGUCAAUAUAUCGACAACAAUGAUGAAUCCAAUACAAAUAAAGUGGUUGUUUAGUUGAUAAAGACAGUGCUUUAUGUUUUAUGUUCUAUUAAAACUGUUGACUACAUUAUCAUUAUCAUUACAUUAUCAUUACAUUAUCCUCAUCGAUUCUGUAUAAACUGGGAAUGUCCCUAUUUUUAUAUUGUCGUCACCCCUAUCCACGUAUUACUACAUUUCCCCAAACCAUUCUGUAUGAUUAAAAUGUAGCUUUAUUUAACGUGGGCUUCCACCAAUAACAUGUUAUAUAUAUAUAUAUAGUGAAUAUAGUGAGAUUAUUUACAAUCUCGAAAUUAUCGAUGCUCUAAAUUUAUAUGAUUAUUACUUGAAACCAUUUCAUCUCUUAAAAGCCCAAAUUUAAUUAUUUCUAUUGGUUUCAUACAUUUUUGUAGUGCCGUCAAUAACAAUUUCCUUGUUUUAAUCGGAAGCCAAUUAAAGUUGGUUUACUGUCGGCUUAAUCUCAUUAAAAUAACACAGGGAUAUGGCUACAUCGACUGUCUUUGUUAUGACAUUAUAAAACAAAUUCUAAAUUAGAUCUUAAAUUAAAUUAAAAUAAAUUACAAAACAAA